CCGAAAUGCUUAUAGACAUAGGCCUAUCAUUUUUGGUCGAAGAACGACAAAAAGAAAAAUGGCUUCUAAUAAUUCAGACUUGAAAAAGUUCCAUGCUGUACUAUUAGAUGCAUAUAUCUUAAUGUUCCCAUUGGGGUUCUUCGGUGCUCAUCACUUUUACCUGAAACGCACAAGAUGGGGUUAUCUGUACCUAUGCACAUUAGGUUUGUGUGGUUUAGGCUGGUUCUUCGACCUCUACCGGAUGCGUAACUUAGUAAAGCGUUCUAAACUUGUUAACGAUGAUACGCAGCAAGAAUCGCAGUCAGAUUUAUAUGACCUAGGCGACGCUUGGAUCACCGCCUUAUGUCCAAUUACAGGUUUACUUGGUUUCCACCAUUACUACCUUGAACGUUAUGGUUGGGGUGUGCUGUAUACGUGUACCGUGGGACUGUUUGGUCUUGGUUGGAUUUUCGACAACAUCAGAAUGCCACUUCUCGUGAAACGAGCCAAUAAUGAUGAUGAAAGUUAUACACUCGAUGAUGCAUAUAUCCUUGCGUUUAACCCAGUCGGUGUAUUCGGCUUUCAUCAUUUCUACCUGAAGAGGAAUAAAUGGGGGAAAUUGUACAUAUUCACUGCUGGAAUGUUCGGUGUAGGAUGGCUGGUGGACCUGUUUCGACUGAAGUUACUGGUUGACAUAAGUAACGACAAUGUUGAUGAUAGCCGGACACCUCAUGCUAACACAAGCUCUGAGGUGCCCCGUCCUGACUUAGGAGUUCACGGCCGGCCCAACAAUGCGUAUUAUCCGUCCCAUCAGAUUAUUUUCGCGAGCUACUGUUAUUACAGAUACUUUUGGAAUUUUGACUCACAACGAAUUAUGAUGUCCUCGUCUAAGGACGCCGAGGCAAACUCGAAUGCUCACGAUGACUUCCAAACAACCGAAAGCAGUACGGUUACUGUCACGCACGAAUCAGUCCUAACGAGGACUAAGUCUUUACUUGAUGCUUAUAUUUUAUUGUUACCGUUAGGUUUCUUCGGAGCUCAUCACUUCUACCUGAAACGCACAGGAUGGGGCUUUCUGUACUUAUUCACUUUUGGUCUGUGUGGUCUAGGCUGGUUGCUCGAUCUGUUCCGGAUGCCGUAUCUAGUAAAACGUGCUAACCACAAGCUUAUGAACCCUGAUUUUCCUGUAGACAAAUCCCGAGACCUGGGCGACACUUGGAUCAUUUCUUUUUUUCCGAUCACAGGUUUACUUGGUUUCCACCAUUAUUACCUUGGACGCAUUGGUUGGGGUGUGCUGUAUACGUGUACCGUGGGACUGUGUGGUCUUGGUUGGGUAUUCGACAACAUUAGAAUGCCACUCCUCGUGAAACGAGUCAAUAUGAAGAUGUGUGAAGAUGGCGGCCAUGCUGACAAAUGUUAUAAACUCGAUGAUGUGUAUGUCAUUGCGUUUAACCCAUUCGGUGUGUUAGGCUUUCAUCAUUUCUACCUAAAAAGGUAUGGAUGGGGGAUGUUGUACUUAUUCACGGUUGGGGGGUUCGGCGUUGGAUGGCUGGUGGACCUGUGUAGGAUGAAGAUGCUGGUUGACCAGAAGAAUCUAGAAAUCUGCCACGAUAACUAUGCACGCUAUCAUAGUAGCUCUACGCCUAAUUAUGGAGCAACAACCCCAGAAGUACCGGAGCCACAGUAUCAACCACACCCCCACUACAAUCAGAGCUACGGUUAUGAACCACCUACGCCUGGUGCCGGUGACUAUCAGCCAGGCCCCCCUAGCUAUCAGCCACCUGACUCUUAUCCAAUGAAAAGUGGAUACCCAAUUCCACCUGACGGAAUCCAGUAUCCACCUCCUACACACCCGGGAUAUCCUACUGCCAAUCCCCCACCUCCAUAUUAACUACAGAUGAUUGUAAUUAGAAAAUAAGACAUUUGUGUCUGUAAUUAUCAUCAGUAUUGUUCUCCUCUUGUACACUGAAUAUUUAUAUUUUUCAGUUCAUUAUGAUGAUUAUAAUGAUUAUUCCUAAAUGCUACGAUGAAGGUAUAGUUAUGAUUGCUAAGUGCAAACAAUGUCGAAAUAAGAGAUUUGAAUGCCCUUUGGCUUAGACCCUCUAAUCCGCUACAUCUUGAUAUCCAUGUUGAGCAUUGCCUUGAAGGCUAUCUCAACCUUAUCACUCUCCACAUCGUUUAUGUUAAGUAAGUUGUAAAGCAAACAUGCUUUGUUUUUAUUAACAAACUUAUAUUCUAUCCAAUAAAUGCCAAGUAUAAAAUAUCAAUCUGUGAGAACUGACCAAUAAUGGUACUCGUUAGUAUGAUAACAUAUCGUAUUCUUGCCUGGUAACAAGGACUGACCAAUGGGUCAGUUUGGUCAUAUGAAUGACUGCCGAGCUAAAAUAGGAGUAUGUUUGCGACUUUGCCAUGAGAAGUACCGGGAGCUUCACUUUACUAUAAGGUGCAAAAGUUAAUUUUGAAUUUGAAGACAAUCAUCUAGUAGAUAUUCUUUUGGAGAUUGGCUUUUAAUAGGUGAGUGUAUACCAGUGGCGGUGCUUAUUUUCUUUCGUAUACAACAUCCCAAAAGUGACCUGUUUUUGUGCGGAUAUGGCUAAUUAAAGCGAUCGGGUAUAGACAAUGUAGGCCUAUGUUCUUAAUCAAAUGGUGUAAUUAACCUAAUUAUACACAAUAUUUUUUUUAAAACUAAAUAUUCGAUUUUAGGUUUUAAACUGUACGUUUGGUGCGAUUUUAGAAAUUUAUAGAUGUUGGAUACAAAAGGAAAUUAGGGCUAAAUUUCUUAUUGUCUUAUCAAAGUUAAACUUAUAAUCCUCAUUUUUAUAGUUUAAGCUAUACAUGUAUAUGUAUAAUGAGUUUGACCAAUGCAAUUACAAUGGAUACGUGUUUCUGUAAAUGUUUUUUUUUUCUUAACUGUAUGCGAUGUAAAAUACGUAUAUGUAUUUCUACGUACAUGCAUUUAUAAUGUGCGUGUGCACUUUUUCAUCAUUCUUAUUUUAUCACUGUUGAUCUUUCCAAUUUUCUUAGUAUACAAUAUGUUGAACGGUUUAUACAUAUAAAAUAAUGGCCGCGCGUUUUUACCAUCUAAUAAUCCCUUUUUGCUUUAUCUUCCUAGUAUAGGUUUAAACAGGACCAUAUUAAAAAUAGCCUAAUAACAACCAUCUGAUAUGUUUUUAAUCCUGUAUAAAUAUUUUUGAAAUAAAAAAUAAUAAAAAUACAUCGUAUAAAAUACGAUUGAACUAAAAUAUCAUAUUUUAAUUUACUUGUUUUUUUUGCCUGUAGCUUUAUGAUAGACCUAAGCUUUGUGAUUUACAUUGAGUGUUGGUAACCUUAGAGAUAAUCUUAUUAAAUUAUAGAUAAACAUAUUGCAAAUACUGGGAUAAGAUUAGAAAAUCCAUCACAUUUCAACUGAACAGUUCAUAAAUUUGAUGUGAUCCUGAGACAAUUGAUCCAAUAUCAGAAAACCAUAAAAAGCCUACCUAAUGAUAGUGACAAGUUAGCCGACCAGCUUGGAAAAAUAAUAUAAACAUCCAACGAGAGGAUGUAUGACAAGAGCUUGCAUCGAUGGAAGUGGUUUCCAGACUCGUUUGAGUCGUGAACUCAAUCAAGUAAACUUUAGAUUAAAAAGAAUUGGUGCGUGCCUUAGUUUAGGUAUACCGGCUUCAAUACCGGUAUUUGAAUUUAUAUUAUAAAUAUUAUCCAAUAAUGUUGCAAUAAAAUUUAUUUUAAUGAU